ACUGGGGUAAGAGUGGUGACCCCAAGCAGCGUCCUCUCUUGUUCGCGUACGGGGUCCAUAAAAUCAAUCCUUCAAAAGUACGCCAUAUCUAGAAGUUUGUUCGGAUCAUUUCCGUAACUGUCUGGCACAUGCACGGUUACAUUUACAUUUGUUUCUUCCCAACAGGUAACUGUAUCAAGUUGAUCUGCCCGUCUGAAAUUAAAUUCCGUCUCCACUGUCACCAUGGCAACGAAUAUUUCACCGGGGCUUUUUCACUUAGAUCUGCCUUUCAACAAACCGGAAUUGACAAAAGACGCAUUCAAGAUGAAGCUGCUCGACAUUGAGGCAGAUUUGGAGGCGCGAAAAGGCCGACCUGAGGAACUUGCCAUCCUCAAUCUGAUUGGUGUGUUCAAUUGCCGGCUCGAACGCUACAAGGAUGCCGAAGAAAAAUUUCGCGAUGUCCUCUCUAAGGAUGAACAUAACCUCAACGCUCUAGCAAACAUGCAGUACGUGUUGGAUAAACUUUACAGAACAGUAGAAGGUAGACGAUACAAAAGCAAACUAGACAUGUUCCUAAGUAAGUCUACGGAGGAGGCAGUCGGUGUUAGGAUGAAAGCAAGGUGCUUAGCAGAGCAGGCAUAUGCUUAUGCUUGCGAUAUGCACACAGAUCAUGACAGCGUCGGUAGAGAGCGGUUCGUAGAAUCCAAUGAUCUCUUCCAAAGGGCACUGGAUCUUGGUGGGGAUCUAGUAGAGAUGGCGGAGAAGGACUUUUGGAAAUUCUGCAUCGCCAAGAACGCGCAUAAGAUCUUCGACAGGUUAAGCUACAGUGAACACCAAGCUCAAGCCACAGAUUACAUGGACAAAGCUAUAGAAAACUUCUAUGAAAUAACUCAAAAGGAUCCCGGUGAUGCCAAGUACCAAGGCGAAAGUUGGCGCCAUUUGGCAGACAUUCUCCGCAAGGUUCAGGAAAGGAAGUACUGCAGCUCUGACCAUUUGCCGGAAUAUCUAGCAAAGUACAUUGAAGACCCAGAGCUAUGCAUGAAGAAAGCACUCGAGUGUGACCCGGACAAUCCGAGGAUCUUAGCUCGCUACGGAAACUUUCUGUAUCAUCACAAGCGAUACAAAACCGAAGAAGCACUAAGGUUGCUGAAUAAGUCGAUUGCACUAGACAAAGGCGACUAUAACUUCUAUGCUUUCAGUACGAGAGGAACAGUUCGGCUGAAGUUCUACAAUUGGAAGAUGCGAAAAGCGACGGAGGACAGGGAACGUCACUCCAAACCAGAACGAAGCGUGCUAGAACUCGCCAAAUUUGAUAUGGAGAGGGCAAUUGACAUACGCCAUGCUUCGUGGGACUUGCGAAAUAUCGCGGAAGUGUGUCACUUGUUGGCCCAGUGUGACCCAGAUGAGCCGAAGGAGUCAAAAAGGCAAUAUCUGGAGAAGGAAUUCGAGUACUUGAAAAGGGCUGCAGAUUGUGAAGCUGGUAACCGGUUGAUGUCAGUGAAACGCUUGCUGGGGCGCUGCUUAUUCGACUUGGGCCACUAUCGCGAGUCGAUUAAGUCGUUCGGUGAAGCUUUGAAUUUGCAGCCAGCCACUUCGCAGUAUACAGGCUACUUCUAUGAACAGUUUCGCAGUUAUCUGUGCCUACUGCAGAGCGAUCCGAAGGAUGAUUCCCCCUUGAAAGAAAUGGCUCAGUCCUUGAGGCAGGCAGUUGCAAAGUACGGGACUAGCGCCCUCUUCAAGCACGGCUUUGGUAAAUUGAGAGCAGAGUACAAACACGAGCUUCAGGUCUUCGCCGACUACUGUGAGACAAUCCAGAACAACGACAGUCUUUUGUAUGUGUUGACUUCUAACGAGCCCCCGGGACCUUUUGCUCCACCUCGUCGCCCUGGUGGGUUACUGAAAGAGUCUUGGGAAAACCCAGAGAAAGAGGAUCACGGUGUUGGAGAGCCUGACAAGGGAAAUUCCAAGACCUUGGACAUCGACAGUCUGUCUCCGGUUGCACUAUCUGAACAGGCUCCUAGCCUGAUUGAUGCCGGCAAAGAUGUGGCCCCCUCACCAGAUACAGAUGGGGCUGCCGCAUCACUAGUGGAGGGAAUAAGAAGCAUGGCCAUUACAGAUUCACCACCAGAAAAAGGUUCUGAUCCGACGCUGAAAGAUUUUGACUUCUUUGUGAUACACACGGCGAAUGACGCAGAGUGGGUGCACGAAGAAUUGCUUCCCAAGUUGGGGAUGAGAAAGUUAAAGGGGUCCACAACGCAAGAAAAUUCUCUGGCAGGUUCCUUCGUCCUUAGCAAUGAGUUGCAUUUGAUGGAAAGCAGUGCUUGCAUUUUAUUCGUCCUUACAAGUGGUUUCGAGACGGAGUGCAAGUUUCCCAUGCAUCAUGCUCUGAAACUCAAGAAAGCCGGUCACGUCAUUUUCCCGCUUCGAAGGGACAAGUAUGCAGUUCCACGGGAGCUUCAAGAUAUCCUCUCUUGCUUCGAUGCCACUCAAGAGAGGGUAAAUUGGGAUAAGUUAGCUCAAGACAUUAAGCGUCAGAUCGAUGCAGCGAAGGACUUCGAGCAUGCGUAGUCCACCGGAGGUUACACUCCAGUACUGUUACAGAGUGCUCAUGCAGGUGCCGGCUUCGUUCCUCACAGUACAAACGCACACAGUGACUAUAUGCCUGCAAUAGGGGAUCCCCUAUUGUCCGUCUUAUGUUUGUACUUUUUAGGAAGACCUCGCAUACGUUUUGUACAAAAUCGUAAAUUGGGGAUCUUCGGGAAUUGGGCAUCAUAUUGUUCUCUAUAUUGUUCAACGUUCCAGAUUGAAUGCAGAAAAAAACUCAUAAACACCACUGUUGUGUCCUUUGACACUGAUGUGUCCAGCGCCACCUUCAGUUCGCAAAGUCAAUCCCAGCUAGGUACCGCCGGCUCACCACACUGAGCUCACCAUUAAAUUCCGCCGGCUGAGUUCACAUGUUAACAACAAUGUACAUUGUGGGUUUUGCCCUUCACCAGCGUAUUUUAUAAAUACUGUAUACCCAGUACUGUCCGAGUGCUUGCAAGAAAAAAAAUCAAAAGCUUACUCAGGUAGGACUCCAACCCAUAGCCUCCUGCUUACUAGUGCAGACGUCUUACCACUCGACCACCGCGCUUUCCCGGUUCGGCUGGCCGGUUCGAGUCUGAUGAUGUAUAGA